CAGUGACGGCAGCAGUGGGCGUGUUUUGGGCUGGUGACGUCGGCGGGGCAGUGCGUUGUUGCAGAGUCACUGCGACUGUAAACAACGGACAUAGAAAAGUCCAGAAUCAGGACUUAACGUCUGUGUUGCUCAUUCCUGUUGUUAACCAAAGCGGAUAUUAAAUAGAGAGUUCUGGUAUGAUAUGACUCUUACCAUCCAUACGAAGUCUCAGUAAAAGUACAGGUCGUGUUUUCGUACAGAGCUAGCUAGCUAGCUAGCCAGUCAGCCCCUGUAGCUUUGCCUUAGCCGUCGUUAGCUUCGCUGGCAAGUCAACAUCUGAGGGCCUGUUACGAGUAAACACUCUUUAUGCCCUGGGUAUAGUUUCUCUUUACUGCUACCAGGAUAUCCUGAACCCUGGGUGGCUGCUCAGAGCGGCCUCCAACCAUCAUGGAGGCAGGAGGGAAGGACUGUGAAGAGGAAACACUGCAGACAGCCUUUAAGAAGCUGAGGGUUGAUGCUGAGAGUCUACCUGGAGCUGUCAGUGUUUCAGAAGUGCUGGCUCCCAGAGCAGCACCACGACCUGGUCUUGACGCCAGCGGGGCAAAGCCUAAGAUCAGCUGCCCGAAGGACAGCUGGCAUGGAUCUAUGAGGAAAACUUCCAAGGGAGCAUCCAGAACCCAGCGGCGUCGGAGAUCCAAGUCCCCCAUCCUCCACCCCCCAAAGUUCACCUACUGCAGCAGCGCUGCAUCCUCCGUACUGUCGACCUCUAGUGGCUGCCUGAAGCACCAGCGCCUGGCCGUGCCUGAGCCUACAGCGCCUUGCCCUGCAGUCGAUGGGAGAACAGCCUCCUCUGCAGCCCAGAAAGAGCUCUCUUCUUCAGCCACCACCAGCUACAUCUCUCCUCUGGUUUUUGGGUCCUGUGCUGGGCAUGAGAGACUGGAUGGAGCUGUGGUUUCCUCAGCAUCUGCACAAAAGAUCCCCAGUGUUAUUACUGCUGUUGCAACAUCGCCCAGGCAGGAUGGGGGAAGCUCUGAAAACGUCCAGUCAAGCAAGCAAAGUGGCCCAGAGAAAAGUGUCUGUGCUGGAACAGAGUGUGGAGCAGGAGCCCCUCUGAGAUUUGGACCUGCUGAAGCUGCUGACUUCCGCGCUUUAUCGGAGCUCAUUUCCUGCUCCUGCGCUCAGAGAAACAGUUCAGAUUUCCAGGAAGAGAGCAGGUCGGGAGCUGAGUCUCAGUGCCAGUGCCACUCCCAUCCUCAGGCCUGGCAUGGUGUGGAGGUGUACUCCUUCACGGGGCUCCGCAGCGUUAUCUCAGAGUGUGAGCGCAGUCUACUGAGCCACGCCGACGCCCCCAGAACUCUCAGUACCAACUGUACCACUGCCACAGCUCCGUCACCUCCAUCAUCGGCGGCGGCGUUGUCGUCAGGCUCUCCUCGCUCAUGUUCAGAGCAGGCACGGGCAUACGUUGACGACAUCACGAUAGAAGACCUUUCUGGCUACUUGGAGUAUUAUUUGUACAUCCCCAAGAAGAUGUCACACAUGGCUGAGAUGAUGUACACGUAAAAAUAAAAAGUAAUGUUAUAAUAUCAAAUAAGGAAAUCUGGUGAAGACGGAUUUUUCUGUUGUUGUGGGGAAUAGUGGUCCUGAGGGCAUGUCAGUGGGUCGAAGAGUGGAUCGGGUAUGAUUGUUGGAUUUUUCCAACACACAGUCAAUGUACUGACUGAUUUUUCUUUAAGUCAAAAUGUUUCCACUUUGCUUGUCUGCUGCUUGAGCCCGGCAGAAACACAUCACCACCUCCCGCUAGUUCCAUGAAGUUUGUGCUUCAUGGAAACCUUUUUUUUUUUUCUUUUCCAAAUGUAAAUUUUCAGUUUACAAAUGAAGUUGCCAAAGCUCUGGGUGCAGGGUCUUGCAGAAGGAAAUACUAGUAGGAAUAUGCAAGCUUGUAAUGUCAGGUGUGAUUUUGUUUGUAGUGCUGUGACCUUCCAAGUCACCUGUCUGAAUUUAAUUUCUCAAUAAAGAAGCAAAAUGUUUUUGCUGGAAA